AUGCUUCGCUCACUUUGCCUCAUGGCCGGCCUGGCCGCAACCGCCUUUGGUGCUCCCUUGGAAAAGAGAGCCGUCGCCGCUCCCCCUGGCGGCGAUGUCGCCAUUCUCAACUACGCCCUUACUCUGGAGUUUCUCGAGCGCAAGUUCUACAUGGAGGGUGUCAAGAACUUCACCGAGUCCGACUUCUGCAAUGCCGGCUUCGACAAGGAGUUCUACCCCAACUUGAUGAGGAUCUACGAGGAUGAGAAGACUCACGUCGAGUUCCUCUCCACUGCUCUCGCUGACAAGGCCAUCGGGGAGCCCACCUUUGCCUUCCCCGUGACUGAUGUCCACUCCUUCGUUGGUCUCGCCGGUGUCCUCGAGGGCGUUGGUGUUUCCGCCUACCUCGGCGCCGCUGCCGCCAUCGCCAACAAGGACUACCUGACUGCUGCCGGCUCCAUCUUGACCGUCGAGGCCCGCCACGCCUCGUACAUCCGCGCCGCCCUCGGCCAGAAGCCCUUCCCUGCCUCCUUCGAUACCCCUCAGGACUUCAACCAGGUCUUCUCCCUGGCUGCUCAGUUCAUCACUGGCCUUGCUCCCAACACCAAGCUCCCCUUCAAGGCCUUCCCUGCCCUGACUGUUGGUGACCCCACCCACACCGGCUACAAGGUUGGCGGCAAGGUCGUCUUCAAGGGUGCCUACAAGGCUGCUAAGGCCGCUGGCAAGACCGACAAGAAGAUCGUGGCUGUGUUCUACUCCGGUCUCCAGACCUACUAUGUCCCUGUCACCAUCGGCAAGAACAAGAUCGACUACGUCGCCACUAUCCCUGGCGCCAACUACGCCAUGGACGGCCAGCCUGCCCCCGCCGGUCAGGUCUAUGUCACCCUGAGCACUGCCGAUGGCAAGAAGGUUAUGGCUGGUGAUGAGAACACCGUUGCUGGUGUCGGUAUCCUCGAGGUUGUGUGUUAA